GUUGCGUAAACCACGAGGUAAAUGUUUUACCUUUAAUUUAAAUACUUUUGUGUCAUGUGUUAAUUUUCUAAUGCUGAAUGUGAAUAAAGAACUUCCUGGAGACUAGAAAAAUUUGGGAGCCAUUCACGAUGUCAAGAGGAUGACCAGGGAGUUCUAUCUUUCCUCCUAUCAAUCUUGAUGCAGUAAAGCUUCUCUCCUUUGUCUGGACAUCUAUCAAGCCACGAUGAUCAGCUCUAAGUGGACUGUCUCAAAACCAUUGGAAAUCAAACGGAUCCGAUUUUUCAGCAGCAAUAAAGCAAUGUAUGUGUCGAAAGAGGCUUCUGAAAGUACACUGAAGCCAAAAUCAGUGCAAAGAGCAGUUCCCAAGAACUUACUGCAAAAUAAUGAUAAAAGUCGGAAACAAACUGCUCCAGCAUGUAAUCGCACAAAAAGUGAAGUUGGUUCAUUCUCCCUCAAAAUCAGCGACUCAAAAAAUAGUGAUCAAACUCUGGUUGAUAAAAAUUUCCGUGUUAAUGAACUCAAUAUUCAGAUGUUAUCGAAACCUCUUUAUCAGCAACUAUUUGGGUGUGAUCCUAAACCUGAACCUACAGUGCCCAUUCAAAAGAUACUUUCAACGCUCAAUAAAUUUGGUCUCCCUUCUAUGUUGCAUUCUGAACAGGAUGUAGAUUUGAAGUUACCCCCUUUAGAAGGGAAAGACAUUGCUGAGCACUUUCAGAUAAUCGGAGAACGACAAAGCGCACCGUACAAAUUACUAUUGGAACAGCUUAUCGUUUCAAUACCAGAUACCCCUAAAGAGUGGGUUUUGAAGGAAGGAUGGAUGCGUUACGUGGCAGGCAAAGAACCGGAGCCAGUCCAUCAUCCUUUAGAAGAUGCUUUUGUUUUUGACGUUGAAGUUAGUUGCAAAGAAGGAGAAGCACCAACAAUUGCAACUGCAGUCAGUAACAGUGCCUGGUACAGCUGGUGCAGUACACAACUCAUCAAGUGCUCAAGUAACCUUAGUCAAGGUUAUUCCACUGACGUUUUAAUCCCCUUAGAAAGCGCUCCAAAAAUGAAAGUGUAUGAGUUAAAUGAGGCACUUUCCAGACCAAAAAUUGUUGUAGGUCACAAUGUCAACUACGACCGAGCACGUGUCAAAGAGCAGUACUGGCUGAAAAAGACAGGAAUGCGAUUCAUGGACACCAUGUCAAUGCAUGUCUCUGUCAGUGGAGUGACAAGCUAUCAGAAGAAUCAGCUAAAGUCUGGCUCAUCACAGGAUGAAGAGUGGAGUAAAUUUAGUUCACUGAACAGUCUGAGUCAAGUUCAUAAGCUGUACUGUGGCUCAGAGCUAUCGAAAGAUGAGAGAAACCUCUUCAUCAAUGGAUCCCUGACUGAUGUUAAAGAUAAUUUCCAAUCCCUUAUGUCUUACUGUGCCUCAGAUGUCAAAGCGACACAUAAUGUUCUGGUGAAACUGUUACCCUUGUUUUUCUCCCGGUUUCCGCACCCAGUCACGUUGGCUGGUAUGUUGGAGUUGGGCUUAGCGUACUUACCUAUAAAUAGUAACUGGAAUAAAUACAUCAGUGAGUGCAACCAGACAUUCGAUGAUUUGAACAUUGAGUCAAAGUUUCUGCUUUCCCGAAGGGCGGACGAGGCGUGUCAUUUACUCCAUAAUGAAGAAUACAAAGAAAAUUUAUGGCUGUGGGAUCAAGAUUGGGAAUGUAAAGAUGUUAAAUUUAAGAAAGAACCCAAGAAGAAGAAAAGUGAAGAGGAAGGAAGUAAAGAAUGCGGUGAAGGUAAACCCACUAGGAAGUCUAAAAAGGCGAAAAAAACUGACGAAGAUGCUGACGAAAAAGAGGCAAGUGCACCUGAGCCUGCUUUGAUUGAUCAGAAUCCAAGCUGUAUUGAGCCAGACGACGAAAUUUAUGAACUGGAUGGUGAGACUGAUUUUAUUCUGGAGAGAAGAAAAUACCUGUUUGAAAAAUUCUCGCCUUUGUAUAAAACUAGGGACCGGUUGCCAAAAAAGCUGCCCUAUUUAGCAGGAUAUCCAAACUGGUACCGUAAUUUAUGUCCGUCGCCUGACACUCCUGAUUGGGCGCCUGGGCCAAGAUUAAUUGGCACCGGCAUGCAAGUCGCACCUAAAUUGUUAUCAUUGAAGUGGAAAUCAUUGCCAAUUCAUCACAUUCGGGGUCAGGGUUGGGGGCAGCUAGUUCCACACAAAACUGAAAUAGUUGUACCCGAUGAAAAUCUCUUUCCGUUGGGAAAACUCGUCAAACUUUGUUCUAGUGCAGCAGAUGCUUCAUUUUGUAACUGUGCUGAAAAAACUGUGAAAGUCACUGAAUCAAAAACGGACAUUCAUGAAAAAGUUCAAAACAAUUUAGUCAGGUAUGUGUGCCAAAAAAAGAACAAAAAAGCUGAGAAGAAAAACAAGACAAAGGAUGAAACUGCUACAGAAUGUUUUUGUUGCAAAGAUUUAAUAGGCACUGGUUGUGGUUUCAUUAAGCUUCCUCACAAAAAUGGUAAUCAUUUAAAUGUCGGUAAUCCUCUCGCAAAAGAUUUUAUCACCAAAUUUUCAGAAAGCGGGUUAUCAGGAGAGGGCACAGAAGCUGAACGCAUAAUUGAAAUCAGUAGAAUGCUGUCUUAUUGGAGAAACAACAGAGAUCGAAUUGAAGGUCAGUUGGCAGUUUGGCUGAAUGACAAAGACAUUCCACGCUCUAUGCGUUUGCCUAGUGAUGAACUUGGUGCCAUAAUCCCUCAAGUCAUCGUGUGUGGCACUCUGACCCGCAGAGCUGUUGAGAGAACAUGGAUGACAGCUUCAAAUGUCAUGGACGAUCGGAUUGGCUCUGAAUUAAGAUCCAUGAUCCAAGCACCACCUGGUUACCAUAUUGUGGGGGCGGAUGUUGAUUCGCAAGAACUAUGGAUCGCCUCAGCCAUUGGAGAUGCUUAUUUUGCUAAAGAACAUGGCUCAACUCCUUUUGGGUGGAUGACUCUGAGUGGUCAAAAAGCUGACGCAAGUGACAUGCAUAGUGUGACCGCAAAAGCAAUUGGUAUUUCUCGCAGUCAUGCGAAAGUAAUUAACUACGCCAGGAUUUAUGGUGCGGGCCAGCCAUUUGCAGAGCACCUUCUAAGGCAAUUUAACCCUGGCAUGACGAAAACUGAGGCAAAAGCCAAAGCCUCUAAGAUGUUUUCUCUUACCAAAGGUCGACGUCUUUACCCUCUGAAAACUGAUUGUUUGCCUGAAUUCAAAACCAGAGAGUUUUCCAAACUAGAUGCCCUUAACAUAUGCAGAGUUUAUAAUAAAAGUAUGAGCGAGCUUUUUGGUCCACCCACUUGGUCAGGUGGCAGUGAAUCAGCCAUGUUCAACUGCUUAGAAAAGAUUGCUUCGCAACCUGAGCCCAAAACACCUUUCCUUGGCUGUCGGCUUAGCCGUGCGCUAGAACCAAAGAAUCAUGUUGAUGACCGAUUUCUGCCAACACGAAUCAAUUGGGUUGUCCAAAGUGGUGCUGUAGACUUCCUUCACUUGAUGUUGGUGUGUAUGCAAUGGCUUGUAGACUCAAAUGUAAGGUUUUGCAUAAGUUUCCAUGAUGAAGUUCGUUACAUCGUCCCUUCAGAGCAGAGAUAUCAAACAGCUUUAGCGCUACAUGUCACCAAUUUGUUAGUGAGAGCAUUCUGCGUCCAAAAAUUAGGAAUGAUCGAUUUACCACAGUCCGUUGCAUUUUUCAGUUCUGUGGAAGUAGACACUGUUUUACGCAAAGAGUCUAACCAAGAUUGCAUCACACCAUCUAAUCCAUAUGGCCUUAGCAAAGGUUACAGUAUCCCCCUCGGAGAGUCCUUAAAUAUUCAUGAAACUAUCCAAAAAGCCGGUGGCUCUGUAGGUACCCUCAAACCAUCCAAAAAAAAUCUGAAAUGACCGUACUGUUUUCCUUAAAUUUGCUCUAAUUAAGAGUUUGUUUUCUAGUCUAUACAAAGUCUUUGUAUUGCAGAUUUUUUAAAGCCCAAUCGUCUUUCUACAUUGUUCUUUUCAUUUUGUGCCCUUAUCCAUUUAUUAUGUAGGUUUUAGAUUUAUUAUGCAAGAUUAAUGCAUGACUCGCAGAAGAUGUUGUACUAUAAGCAGGUAGUUUCCUGAGUUCAUUGCUCAACUGAUUUUAGAAUGAUCUGAACGUAAUGUGUAUUUUUUUGGAGGAAACAGGUACUUGAGCUUCUUCCGCCCAAUGCCCGCUAAUUUAUGUAAACAAGGAAAAAACUAACUGAAGCUAAGGACCGAUCAUGUAAUACGUAACAUUAAGUAACAUUUUAUCAAUCGUAUUUUGUUUAUUAACUUUUACAGAAGUUAACUUUACUAGGCAUUGUUUUGGUGCAAAUACUUACUUUUGUAAAUAGCCACAAGAUUAAUGACUUGUUUACUCAUCAGCAAAGUUGGCGAUAGUACAUGCAGACUACAUGCUUCAUUUAUUGUCUUCCAAAAUUAAUGCUCUGUAAUCGAUUUGUUUUUCGAAGUUAAAGAACAUCAUUUAAAUUUAAUUUUUUUCAAAUGGUUCCAUUGAAUUUUUUGUCAUAGCACCAUCAUUAUGAACUCCUACAUCAUCACGUACUUUCAUUGCUGGAAGAAUUCUAAAAAAAACAAUGCGUGUUCCUUAGUUUUAUUUUUUUCACAAAAAAAUUUGUUUGAUCCGGUACAUGAACUUCUUGAAACUGUCAGAUCUCCAAGUGUAUGUCCCUGUAUCCUUGGUGUUUUUUCUCAUUAUUCCAUUCGUUCUCUCAGCCCAAAUUUCUCUCUUUUCAAUAACAUGAAAAAUUUUAUUUUUAAGUCACAUUCGUCUUCUUUCAAACGAUCAUGUAUCUUCAAUUACAUACUACAUUCUGUUUAUUUUGUCAAUUUUUUUUGCAAGUGCAGUUGAUAAGCACAA